AUGUGUAAAACUGAAAUCUGGACAUAUCGCGACUGUGGGUGUCGCUACAGCCAUAACGUUAUCUGCCGUUCAUAUCGGCGAGGAGGAACACCAUGUUUCGCACCCAACAUUCAAUUUACGCGGGACAAAUGGCUCGAGGGCGCCGGGUUCGACCCUGAGUUGGCAUUCAGACAGUUCAAGGGGCGUACGAAGCCGACUGAACCACGGGCUUGCCCUCAACACAAGACCGUUUACGAAUCGUUUCUGAACCCCAUCUGCGAGGACUGUCUCCUUGCAGAAAUCAACUCGCUAUCUGCUGAUGGAAUAGGGCCUGCUCCUCCAGCAUAUCCCGAGUCAGAAGCGGCCAGUGGAGAGGGACUCGUCUGGGACAGCGAAGUCAAGGUCGAGAUUGAGAGCCAGGCAGCACAGGAUCAGCCUGUCUCAACCACGCCAGUCAGCGAGAUAUCUUCCCGCGACAGCCAGGACAUCGACAGGACAAUACUCGACAGCCACGUCGAAGUCACAAUCGAAAGCGAUGGUUCCAGCGUUUCCACGGGCGAACCAAUGUCACCGCUCUUGAGCGCAUUCCAUACCGAGCACAGUUCGCCUCCUUCGACCGCCGCCACGUCUCCAAAGAGCACAGGCAGUUGCGAGAAACGACAUUCCGGAUUUCAUAAUACUCCUGAUGAGAAGCACUAUGAUAGCUCUGGCGAUGACAUCUCUUCAGAUCUUGGAGACAGCGACGAUGAAGGGGCAGAUUCGUGCGACGACCAAGUUUGCCAGCCUUUGCCAUCUCGUGGACGAUCUCUUGUUCGUGGAAACGGUAGUGUCAUGACAAGAAGUGUGACAGACCCGGUGCCCCUUGUCAUGCCCGUUGAGAAAUCGAAAAGUAAGAGAGGACUUUCAACCUUGAAAACCAUCCGAUCAAUAUCAUUGAACUUUCGACCCGGCUCGAAACCGAAGACUCCUGCACCGAUGAUUGAGCACGAAACCUCUCUUAACGAGGAAAGCAAACUUGCAAGGUCACGAUCAAAGAAUCCCUUCCGAGCUUUCCGACAUCGAAAAAUGUCCCAGAACCACGUGGACACGAUGAGAAUAACACCUGUGCUGACGACUCUCGAGGUCCAAAGCAGCAUUGAGGUCGACCAACUGUCCUUUGAAAAGCCUCGCCUCAGACCUCUCCCGCCCCGCAAGUCAAGCAUGGGAAACCUGAGGUCCUUCACCGAUCCGGCAGAAGCUGGAUUGGGCAUUCGCCGGUUUCCUGGUAUGACCCGGACGCCUGUCCCCAGUCCCACUGGCUCUUGGCCACAACACCAUCUGGAUCAGAGCAAGGCAUGCGACACAUCCCUGUUCCACUUACCUGUUCACAAGGACCUACCGUUUGAUGCCCAAUCUGUGUUCAGUGAUAUCGAAGCUGAGGAGACUGCUCAAUCAAGCACUGAAAAAUCGCCACCAUCCAGUUUCACUCUAUCAUCUACUUCUGAGUCCGCAAAGAGACAUGGGCUUGAGACUUUUGAACUCGGCCUGGAAGCCUCGAUCCCUUCUCUAAUAAACCAAGAAGCACAACAGUCAGCAGUGGAACAGGAGAUGGAUAUGGUCCAGAAGGCUGUCCCUGUGGCAGAAUCAGCGCUACUCACAGAGUCGACACCUCGAGAACAGACUGAUAUUGAUGACCUUGAUAUCGAGCAGCAACCUUUGGCGAGUGGAGCUCUUGAUCACGAAACCUUCCCACACGACCAAAAUGACGUCCCGGAAGAAGUUGACGCAUACGAUGAGGACACCGAGGAGCAAUCCAUGCUAGACCCAAGUGAAGGCUUCGAGUUGAUCCCACUCAAAGAAAGCCACGUCAGGGAGGAAGUUGACUUAGACAAUGUUGAAACGAAUGAGCAGUCACUGGUAGCACCGGAGCCGAAUCUUGCAGCGCCGUGCGUCGAUCAUGCCAUCCUUUUACAAGAAAUUGAGGCUCACGAUGUUGGGACGCUGGAUUCCGAAGACGUGAUGCCCGAGCCGACCAAUGGCUGCGAAGAAGUUGACAGCCAUGAUGCUGAGACGAAGCAGCAUCCCGUGGAAGAUCAUGAACCAGACCAGGAACAGUCUGUACCAACCAUCAGGAUACUGGAUACUGACCAGAUCAUUUCACUGUACAGCUAUGCCCGGAAACCGAAGGGGAAGCAACCGGAAACGAAUGAAGAAGUGGUCUUGGACGAUGUCUCGGAAAUCACUGCAGUCUCUGAGGAUGACGAGGACUCGAAGAUCUCAGAUUCGACCACGCCUCCGAGUUCUCCCCCAUCAAUCGAGAGAGAGAUGUCCCCGACAGAGUCUUCUCAUCCACCACGCAAAAGCUCAUUGAGGAGACUCACCGGGUUCAACUAUUCCACCCCCUUGGUAGAUCCCGAUUUUCCCCUACCUUCAUUACCUUCCACCGCGAACAUUGGUUGAAAGCAAGCGACGUUUCUUUACUUUGUACAUCUAAUGUAUAAUAAUUUCA